AUGGACAUGGCUAUUGCGCGCAUCCGGACCCCCGACGAGCCGCCAACUGCCGCCUGGGACUAUACGGGGUGCAACUACGUGGGGUUUGAUGUUGUCCGUGAUUUUUACGGUGAAAUUGUCGAAGAUCAUAGUUGCCAGCAGUGCACAACUGCCGACCGUACUCCCGCAGUGUUUCAGCACGACCCCAGUGACGGUUAUAGAGACCGGCCUGAAGAUCAGGACGACGCUGAAUGGUUGCCAGAUGAUAACUCAUGUGCAGACAGCGAGCCUUUGGAGUACGACACCGACGCUGAUGUCGGUCCUGAUGAUUUGUCUAGAAGCAACGAUUGCGAUACUGCUGACAAGAAUCGUGCGACCUAUCGCAGUGCGGUACGAGAAUUGUAUCAACCUCCAUUGAAAAGAUAUCCUCCGCAUGGCACAUGGGACGUGGACGGAAGGUAUCUAUAUACUCGAGACCGACGUUUUCAAUACCUGAAAGACAGGCUGCAGGAUCAAGAACAUGGCCCACCUCGAUUCCCGCUGGAGCAUAUCGCUAGCCCUACUUGUCAAAGUGUGCAGGGUAUCAACGGUAAUAAGCUGAGCGUAGCGGAGAUGAAGGGCUGCCGGAACCACAGGUUCCUCCUACCAAGGCCAUCUCAUUGGGUGCCACCUGAUUGGAAGCCUGAAGCUGUCGAUGGUAUCUUCGAAAAAGACAGCUUAUUUGUGCUUUCGGGAGAAGCAAAUGGUUCCUACGCCUCGAUGGCGGGCCAGUUUGUCUAUCCGCCACGCUACGGACUUGAUAGAGUCUCGGUAUCCGCUGACACCGCCAACCAGGACUGUUGGGAUUGCGGUUCAUGGCAACCACUCCCAGUUCAUUCUUAUUGUCUUGAUAUAUACGCCAAAGCAUCGUAUCGCAGGCUAGGUCAUGUUGAUUUGCAUGAUAUUUGGCUCUGGCGGGAGCUGUGCGGCAAUCCGGCGAGGUUUGAGUUCGCAGAUGAGUUGAGUUCGCCUUAUCCUGGCAUUGGGAGAGCAAAUGAGAUUGAUCCCUUUCUCCACCAUGUUGAUAACGAAUGGAUGGUUGCAAACCCUGUGGAGAUACCGGGACUAGCAGAGGCGCUGAAGGACUGCCUCAUCAGUGGUACCUUCGGAGCAGUAGUGCAACAAAUACAGUCGCCCCUACUCGGAUUGCCGGCCGAACUUCUCGAUAACAUUUUUGCUUUCUUGAAUGACCUCGGUGUUGAUGCAAUAGCAGCCACCUGCCGCACAUUUCGCCGUCAUGCACAACCUCUGUACCGACGCCGUGUUACUAGGGACAUGAGUUGGCUCUGGGAAGUCCUCGAAGGCCGACCGUAUCCAGCGUCGCCAGAUUGGCCGGUAACCUGGGACCCAUGUAACCCGCCCGGUCUUGUUCCACCUGAGUUACCCCUCGAGUUAAAAGCACGGAAGGACGAGGCUGAGAUUUGGGCGCAAAUUAUAGCUGAUGAUCCAAACAUGAUUGAUGUUGGUAGCGCCGCGCAGUUAGUCAACUUCAUCCGCAGAGAGGCAAUACUAGGUUCCUACCGCGCAAAAUUGGAUUGUUCGCUUCAUGAAUGGCAAAACUUCCGCACAGAAGCUGAGGGCUGGAUAUGUUCACUGCCUCCAAAUGGCCACCAGCACACAGAAGAUAUAGAUUGGGUCCAUCUAUGGCACUCCUUCACUUCAGAAAAGACUCUUUUACCGGGCAUACGCAAUCGUGUGCGCAUCUGGAGGGAAUGCGAACGGAUAGCAAGCUUCAUCUGCCGAUUGAGAGAUUCAAAAAAAUGGGGCAAAAGCAAGGAGCUUGACCGUGAAAUAAUGGUUGAUGUAAACAAUCCCUGGUGGGAGGAAGCCUUUGGAGCAAUGCAAGACAUGCUUCAUGUUGGGUUCUUAAGGAAACGUGAGUGGGAGUUCAACUCAGCCCAAGAGGAUUUGUAA